AUGUCCGAUCUGAACUCCGCUCAGACGCUGCACACUGAGGUGGUCUUGCGCAUGUUUGAGGAUCAGGGUGUUGCGGACCAUGAUCAAGCUACGCUCAUCAGUAAUGCUUCUAGGCCAGUCUGUAGCCUCGUCGAAAGGCAAGGUGGCUCUUUGCAGCUUCUGAACUCCAUCAUCGAGGUCAGCGAAGCUACGCUAUCGACGAUGCCACUGAGCCAUCCCUCGAGAUAUGUUAUGUCGCAGACACUCGGGAAGCUGUUGCGUGUGCGCUUCAGUCGAACUGACCGACUCGAUGACCUACACCGUGGCGUUGCCCUUGCUAAGGAAUCCGCAUCGCGCAUCCCCGCUGAUCACCCAGAUCGACCGAUAUGCCUGGACCACCUUGGCGGCUGGCUUGUAACGCGGUUCCUUCGGGUUGGUGCGGCGGAGGAUCGGGACCAGGCGGUUGAGCUGUUGGAAACAGCAGCGUCAACCACUCCCACCGGUAGUCCUCGUCGGGGAGAAAUUCUAGCGCAUCUCUCAACCGUCCUGAGGGGCGAAUUCGAACGAACCGGGAACGAAGAGAAGCUGGAACGCGCUAUCAGAGCUGCCGAUGAAGCUAUGUCGGCCAUUCCACCUACCCACAUCAUGCGGCCCGCCCGACUGAUAGAACUCGCAAACAGCCAUUUGACGCGGUUCCACAGAGCCCAUGAUCCCACCGAUCUUGACCAUGCCCUCGGGGCUGCGAAUAACGCGGUAUCGAUAGCAACCCAUGACCACCCGGAGCGUGCCGAGGCGACCUAUGCCCUAGCCAUCUCGCUUCAAGCACAAUUCAAAAUGUCCCAAGAGCUGGAUCCGCUGGAUCGUGCCAUUGACAUUUGCGAAGGGACUUUAGUCCACGUAGCUUUGGACGAUCACAUGCGAGCCAGGGCCUUCAGCCUGCUUGGGAUGCUGCUUCAAUCCAAGAUGCGGAUGCGGGGAGACGAAUUCAGAGAGGGUAAUGAGCUGCUGCUUCGAUAUCUCAGAAAGGGAUGGGAGUGUCGUAAUUCUCCACCGAGACUCCGCAUUGAAAUCGGCGCAAAACUUGCGGCCUCUCUCGCCUCGCAGUUGAGCUGGGCCGAGGCUGCAACGGUCCUCCAGCAGGCAGUAGAGCUGCUCCCCAGGUUAAGCCCCAGGCCAUUAAGUGACGACGACAAGCAACAAACGCUGCGUCAGUUUGCUGGUCUGGCUUCUGCUGCUGCUGCAGUAACCCUCAACGCAAAGGGGGAUGCAGAUCAUGCCCUGAGGCUUCUAGAACUUGGCCGCGGCGUAAUCAAUGGGUUGCUCGUAGAAAUCCGCAGUGAUAUUUCCGAUCUUCGAAAAACUCAUUCGUACCUAGCGCAGGAUUUCGAAUACCUACGCGGCGUUUUGGAUUCCUCUGGCGACCAGAUAACGAACUACGAUCAGCGCCACGAACUCGAUGUCAAGUUUAACGAACUAAUCCAGGUAAUCCGAUCUCAGCCCGGAUUCGAAGGAUUUCUGAAACCGCUCACCGUGGACGAAAUGAAGGCCGCGGCAGACCGGGGUCCCAUCAUUGUUGUUAAUGUCAGUCACUAUCGCUGUGAUGCAUUCCUGGUCGAGUCUAGCCAAACCAGGGUCCUAGAACUACCCAAUCUGAGCCUUGAAGAAUUACACACACGGGCAGGCCAAUUGAAAACGGAUCAUCUGCCGGUGCUGGCAUGGCUUUGGGACACUGUAGCGAACCCCGUGUUGGACUUUCUGGGAUACGAGCACCCUCCUCCACCCGGGGCGGAAUGGCCGCACGUCUGGUGGAUUCCCACCGGGGCAAUGGGUCUUCUACCGCUUCAUGCGGCGGGGAUGCAUGACCAGGGAUCCGGCGAGGCAGUACUUGACAGGGUCAUGUCGUCGUAUAAUACGUCCAUAAAAUCGUUAUUAUACACUCGCCGGCAAGAUCUAUCGAUUGCGUCAGGGACAUCAAACCAGGCCCUCCUACUGGCCAUGCCGGAGACCCCACGCCAGUCUCCCCUCCCUUUUGCCAACGAGGAAAUCACUCUGCUAAGAGGCCUCUGUCAGUCUCUUCACCUCCAGCCGGUAGAGCCACCGCGAUGUCGUAAAGAGGUCCUCCAGCGGCUUAAAACGUGCAAAAUCUUUCACUUUGCCGGCCACGGACAAUCUAACUCCAGCGAGCCUUCAAAGAGUGCCCUCCUCCUCAGUGACUGGGAGUCGAAUACCCUGACCGUUGCCGAUUUGCGCAAUUCCAGGCUUCAAGGCGCUUCGCCUUUCCUCGCCUAUCUGUCCGCUUGCUCAACGGGCGCGAAUAGCGCCGUCGAUCUGGUCGAUGAGAGCAUCCACCUGGUCAGCUCGUGCCAAUUGGCCGGGUUUCGGCAUGUCAUUGGGACCCUCUGGGAAGUCUCCGAUAAGCACUGUGUUGACGUUGCACGGAUUCUGUACCAGACAAUCAGGGAUCAGGGCAUGACCGAUGCGGGCAUCUGCCUAGGUCUUCAUCAAGCCCUGCUAGAGCUUCGGGAUCGCGACGAGGCACUAGGGCACAUAGUGGACCGGGAACCCGCCCCCUCACCCUCGUGUUCGAAAGGCAGAAAUGCAAUACCAUUGGGGAAGAAUGGUCGCAAGAGGGUGGAAGGAACUAGCUGGCUCAAUUGGGUUCCCUAUAUUCACUUUGGGGUAUGA